AUGUCUACCAUGCUUUCUAAUAUAAAUAACAAUAACGGCAAUAGCCACACCUAUAGUAAUGAAGGUGUAAACGGCUCAAGUUCAGAUAACGGUGAAAAUCGCCCAUUAUACCAGAACGAGAGAAAUGGAAAUGAAAAUGAAAACCAGCAAUUAUCACAAAGUUCACAACGGCAGGCGACUCCUCAGCAGCAUCAAGACCAAUCGUCUAACUAUAUCGCAAGACCUACUUUUGGUCUGGUCGAUUUUGUACUACAACGGACUUUAGGCACUGGAACAUUUGGGCGCGUCUUUCUUACAAAAUUUAGGCAUACAGAACAUUAUUAUGCCAUGAAAGUACUAAAAAAAUCCGAAAUAGUCCGACUUAAACAAACUGAACACGUUAAUUCAGAAAGAUUCAUUCUAUCUCAAGUCACCCAUCCAUUUAUUGUGAAUUUAGCAGGACGAUUUACAAAUGAUAUGACACGCUUUUACUCUGCUGAAAUCGUUUUAGCACUUGAGUAUCUACACGACAAUGAAAUAAUCUAUCGCGAUCUUAAACCUGAAAAUCUAUUAUUAGAUUCGAGAGGGCAUAUAAAGAUUGCAGAUUUUGGCUUUGCUAAAAAGCUUGAAGACCGAACGUGGACAUUAUGUGGUACUCCAGAAUAUUUAGCUCCGGAAAUAAUUCAAAGUAAAGGUCAUGGCAAAGCGGUAGAUUGGUGGGCACUAGGGAUUCUAAUAUUUGAAAUGUAUCCACCCUUUUUUGCUGAUUCCCCAUUUGGUAUUUAUGAAAAGAUUCUUGUAGGAAAAAUACAGUUUCCACAACAUUUCGAUUCACAUGCCAAGGAUCUUAUCAAACGUUUUUUGACUGCCGAUCGUACAAAGAGAUUAGGGAAUCUCCGAGGCGGUAGUGAAGAUGUUAAAAGACACAAAUGGUUUCGUGGAGUAGACUGGCAGGGAUUAUAUGAUAAACAAAUACAAGCACCAAUUAUACCUCCCUACCAACACCCAGGGGAUACAAGCAAUUUUGAGAGAUAUCCAGAGCCAACAGAAGAAAUGAAUAGCCCGAUUGGAUUAGCAGGAGAUCCACAUCGACACUUAUUUGCAGAUUUUUAA